UCGGUUAGGGAGUUCAUCACUGCACCCACUAAUUCUCUUCAACCUUACACUUACUCUCUAUAUUCUUACAUUCAAAUUUCUUCUUCCUUUUCAUGAUUAUAUCAAUGGACGAAGAAGUGGGAUCUAAGAAAAGCAAGACCCAGGGGAAUAGUAGUAAUAAUAACGCUACGAGAUGGACGAUUUUCAAGCGAUCGUUGAGGAAAGAAUCGAGAAAAAUGAAGCUAUUGGGGUCCGGAUUCAAGUGGAAAAGACUGACCAAUUUUCAGAUUUCUUUUUUGGAUAAUUUUCUUUUCAAGAUUGUUUCUAUGUUGGAGGGCGUUGUUCUUGGUACUACACUCUGUUUCUUCUUCCUCUGUUUUGGUUGUCACUUUUGAAUUUCGAUUCCACUGUUUCUUUCUUUCUUUCUUCCUUUUUCUUUUAUUGUUCUAUGAACUGUAAGAAUUUGGGUUUCGAUUGUGAUUUUCUUGUUUGGGAAUAGCUUGGUGUUAUUUAGAAGUUUAAAUCUCUGGACGAAUGAGCUUGAUACGAUUUUUGCCUCGUUUUAAUGAAGAAGAGGAAAAAAAAAAAGUAGCCGGAAAAUCCCGCGAUCAAUUGGGUUUUCCAGUGAGCGGGUGUUCUUGGCAGAUGAUGAAAGGAUGUUGAGGUAUGAUCUGGGUAGGGAGAAAAAUGGUGUGAUUCCAAAAGUUGAAACCGAUGUAUUUGGUAAUUUAUGGCAAUUGGGGAGGUUGGAAUCCGAUUCGGUUUCUUUAAUUAUGUUUUCCAAUUUUAUAAUUAGUUAGACCAAUUAAAUUAAUUUUGAAAAUUAAUGCAUUCCUUUUCUGCUUGUAAA